AUUUUGUGAUUUUCCCUUUCUGAAAUUUUAGUCUUCUGCAGCUGAUUGCAUCUUAGUUUUAUAUAAAUACUGCAAAUUUAAUGCAUAAGAGCAUCAGUCAGGAUUCAUUCAACCAGAAGAAGACUACAACUAGCAUCAUGAAACUCGUAGUUUUGGCUCUUGCUUUAAUCGGCGCCGCUUCCGCUGGAUACGUAGCCCCAAUCGCUCAUGGAUACUCUGGAUGGGGACAUGGUGCCGGUUUGGGAUUGGGACAUGAUGCUGGCUUGGGAUGGGGACAUGGUGGCGGCUUGGCAUUAGGACAUAGUGCUGGCUUGGGAUUAGGACAUGGCGCCGGUUUGGGAUGGGGACAUGGAGCUGUAGCCGCUACCGUUGUUGCUCCAGCUAUUUCCACCCACGCUGUUGCUGCCCCAGCUAUUGCUAGCCAUGGAAUUAUCGGUCAUGCUGUUGCUGCCCCCGCUAUUGCCACCCAUGGUCUUGUAGGCCAUGCUAUUGCUGCUCCAGCCAUUGCCAGUCAUGGACUCAUAGGUCAUGCUUAUGCUGCCCCAGCUAUUGCCAGCCACGGAAUCAUUGGUAGCACCAUUGCCACUCCUAUCGCCAGUCAUGGAAUCGUUGCUGCCCCAGCUAUUGCUAGCCACGGUAUCAUCGGACACGCUGUUGCUGCUCCAAUUCUUUCUCAUGGACAUGGUUUGGGACAUGGUUGGGGUGAUGACCUCUGGAAGAAGAAGAAGGCUGCUCAAUAAGUUUAUUCAUUACUUGGAUUGUAUUAACUAACUGAAAUUAACAUAACAAUGAAACUAGGUCAUAUGAGUAGUAUCCCGUUUUAUGAAUUGUUGUUGCUUAUUAUAUUUAUAUAUCAUUGAAAAA